UGCUUCUCUCUCUCUCUUUCUCUCUCUUUCUCUUUGGGCGUUUGUUGGUUUGAGAGAGAUAUCAGUCCCCCAAAGGCAAAGCCUCCAUUUUUAUUUUAUAUUUGUAACUUCCCAUCUCUCUUUUUCCAGAAGGUGAUUGCAAAAACACUCACUGCAAAGAAAAACAAAGAGAAAGAAAAGGAGAGAAAGAGAAAGAAAGAGACGACAGACAGAGCGACACAACAUAAUAGAGAGAGAGAGAGGGAAUUCAAGAAGCUUUCAAUACCACAGAACGGAAAACGAUGUCUGAGAGCUUUACAUCCUUUCAUACUCUGCAACUUCAAGAGUAAUUAGGUGAAGAAACUAGACAAGGAGAAAAAGGAGAUGAUGAUGGUGAUGAUGAUGAUCAAGAAGAUAAAGAGCUUGAUAUGGGAAUAGCAACACCACCACUCCCACAAAUCUUCUCAGCAAACUCCAAGAUUCACCACUCAAUUUCCUCCAAUUCUCCCAAUAAUUCUAUGUCCCAGCAGGACUACCACCAAGCAGCAAACAUCUUCAGCACCUUCUCGAAUGGCUUCGAGAGAUCGGCGGUGACGGCGGCGGCGGCAGCAGCCCACCAUGACCACCACAACCACCACCAGCACCACAUAGCGCAGCAGAUCCGGAGGGAGAAGCUCCGGGUGCAAGGCUUCGACGCCCCGCACCCGGGCCCCCCAUUGGUUGGCAUCGAUGAGGAUGUCGAAUCCGGUGCCCUACCUGUGUACGAGACCGCCGGAAUGCUAUCCGAGAUGUUCAAUUUCCCUCACGGUGGAUCAUCGGCCACUGAAUUGUUAGAGCAGCAGCAGAUGAGGCCGCCGCAGCCUCCUCCGCCGGGGAACGAGUGGUAUGGUGGUGGCCGACAUCAUCAAAGUGGCGGCCGUGACAGUUCCAUAGCCUCUCAUCAUCAGCAGCAUCAACAUCAUCCUCAUCAUCACCAUCAGAUUUCGGGAAUUAAUGCGGACUCAGCCGCAGCCAUGCAGCUUUUCCUAAUGAAUCCUCCGCCUAGAUCGCCUUCUCCUCCCGCGGCCGCUGCCGCCACCUCCUCCAACACCCUCCACAUGCUCCUCCCAAACCCUUCCCCUAAUUCCCUCCAACCAUUCACACACCACUCAAGUACUAAUUCAGCCGGAGGAGGAGGGCCUUUCGGUCAAUUCACCUGGGUCCCCGAGGGCGGAGGAGGAGGAGCAGCAGCAGCAGCCGCCGGCCCCCCAGCCGAUAUCAGCGGCGGUGUCGUCGAAAGCCAAAGCCUCUCUCUCUCCCUCAAUUCCUCCUUACAACCCUUGGAAGCCGCCAAGGCCGAGGAGUUUCGCAACAUCGCCGGGAACGCCGGGAUGUUGUACUACGGCACGCCUACAGCUCAUGGCGGGUCGAAUUCCGCCGAACAAUAUGCUUACAAGAGCUUCGGCAUCGGACAUGGCGGCGGCGGCGUAGUGACAGCUCCGAACCACCACCACCACCACCAACUGCACGUGGGGUAUGGAUCGUCCUUGGGAGUGGUCAACGUGUUGAGGAACUCCAAGUAUGUCAAAGCCGCCCAAGAAUUAUUGGAAGAGUUUUGCAGCGUUGGAAGAGGUCAUUUCAAGAAGAACAAGUUCGGUAGAAACAACAGUAACAACAACAACGCAAACCCUAGCUCAAGUGGAGGCGGUGGCGGCGGCGGCGGCGGCGGCUCUUCAUCGUCAUCGAAAGAUGUCGUUGUCCCUCCAUUGUCCGCCGCCGAUAGGAUUGAGCAUCAGAGAAGGAAGGUCAAACUGUUGUCUAUGCUUGAUGAGGUGGACAGAAGAUACAACCAUUACUGCGAGCAAAUGCAGAUGGUGGUGAACUCGUUUGAUCUGGUGAUGGGGUUCGGGGCGGCGGUGCCAUACACUGCCCUAGCGCAGAAGGCGAUGUCGCGGCACUUCCGGUGCCUAAAGGACGCCAUAACCGCGCAGCUUAAGCACAGUUGCGAGCUUUUGGGAGAGAAAGAUGGCGUGGGAAGCUCCGGGAUAACCAAAGGGGAAACUCCGAGGCUGAAACUGCUUGAGCAGAGCUUGAGACAGCAAAGAGCCUUCCAAUCCAUUGGGAUGAUGGAACAAGAAGCUUGGAGACCCCAAAGAGGCUUGCCUGAACGCUCUGUCAACAUUUUACGAGCCUGGCUCUUUGAGCAUUUUCUUCAUCCGUACCCAAGCGAUGCAGAUAAACAUCUGUUGGCACGCCAGACUGGUCUAUCGAGGAAUCAGGUUUCAAACUGGUUCAUAAAUGCCAGGGUCCGGUUGUGGAAACCCAUGGUGGAGGAGAUGUACCAACAAGAAACCAAAGAGGAAGACACAUCAGAAGAUAAUAUUACCAAUAAUAAUAAUAACAACAACAAUAAUAAUAAUAAUCAAGAGAUCAGAUCAGAAAACAAUAACAACAAUAAUGUGAUUAUAAGGAACAACCAAAACAAUAGUGGGCAGCAUCAGCAGCAGCAGCAGCAACAGCAGGCAGCAACAGCUCUCGCACAAACUCCAACGCCCAAUGCUGCCGGUUCUACACCCGGGACAGCGUCCUCAUCAGCCCCCACAGCAGCAAUAUCAUCAGCGCCAGCAACAACUACUACGCCCACAGGCAAAAGAUCCGAUUUCAAUGCGCUUGAAAACGACCCUUCAGUUGUAGCAAUCAAUAGACAAUUACCCUUCUCGGAAAACCAAGCAAUUAGGCUCGUCCACCACCACCACCACCACCACAUGAUUCCCACCACCAUUUCCUCGCCGUCGGACCUGGUCGCGCCACCGGUUAUUGACGACACGUGUCAGUUCGGGACCACACCCGGCAAUAAUCACAACAAUGCUAAUGUUACUGUUGCACCUGACAGUGGUGGCAUUGGCUCUGCCCUCAUAGGGUUCGGGACCACCACCGCCGGCGGUGGUGGCAGCGGUAGCGGUGAUGUGUCGCUCACUCUCGGGCUACGACACCCCGGGAACAUGCCGGAGAAGACUCCUACCACCACUGCUUCUUUCUCUGUAAGAGACUUUGGGAGCUGAUUAUUAUGAAUUUUUACGAAAGCUUUUUGAAUUUUUUUUUUUUUUUUUUUUUUUUUUUUUUUUUUGUUAUAUACUUUCCUUCUUAACCUUUCAUUCUAUUGGAACAAAAGGGGAAAAAAUUACGUUACGGUGACGUAGCAUAAUAUUACAGUAGCUAUAGUUAGCUGUAUGGGGGAUUAUUGUAAUUGUAUAGUAGAUUGUUUUUGCUUCGUCUUUUAAUUUCUUUCUGUGUACUCUAGGUAUUUUAAUAUACCUUAAUAGGAAUAUUUGCUAGAAUAAUGUGCAAAA